AUGCGCUCGAAAGAGGAGCAAUGUAACCGGGAUAAAGAGAAGGCCACGAAGCUCAUUGAUAACCUGGAGGAGGAUUACACGGUGAAAAGUUUUAGAAUACAUGUCAAGGAUCUGGCCAGCUUACGGGGUGGGGAACCUACUCCGUCUACUAUCGGUCUCACUUGGACAUCUGGUUUAUGCAUUUUCGGAAAGCCGUGGCUGGAUUGCACUUCUGGGGUACAAUCGAUACCAAUGAUCUUGCCCCAAAUGGUUUAUCACGGACCGCAAAUAUCUGCCAAUUACAGCCUUACUCUUAUUCAGUAUAGACGUAAUAUUCCAACUACUGGUCUGCCGCUCAAGAUUCACGUCAAUAUUAACGUACUACUGACAUCGGUUCUUUCAGAUCGAGGGAUUACGAAACGAAAAACGAGCGAUCUAUACAACCAUAACAAGGAUAAACUGGAGUCUGCGGGCAAAAGUGUGAAGACUGUUUACGUCACAGUUUACUGGACAACGGUCAUGUUGUGCGAAAAUAGCCCUCUGAGGAAGUCGGCCGACUGGCAUACAGAGCACGUGGCCAAACCAGCGCAACCUAUGAAGUGUGAUCAGUUCAUCUAUCCUGGUCGAGUUAUUUCUUCGGAAAACCACCUGACAUACUUCAUCAUUAAAGAUCCCAACCACCGACCCAUGGCUACGCUCCCUAACAACGCAGUGAUGAUGUCACCUCCGUUGUACGCCGUAUGCCUUGGUGCAUCCUAUGUGUGCAAUCUCGUGACAUUCGACGAUCAGCUUCCGUCUCAAGAUGCGAGGAAUCAGGGGCAACAUAACAUUCGAAUCGUUGGCGUCCCAGGAUACUAUGCCAUCUUUACUCAGGAUCAGCCGACCGAACUGCCUUUGGGACGUCUUCAGUUCUCUGUUUCCCUCCGAGUUCUCAAUACGCCUUCCGUUUAA